GGCCCAGUAACCGCAUGGGCGCCCGGUGGACGGGCGAGGGGCGGGCGUGUCUUGGUCCGGAGGCAGCCCUGGCUGCGGUGGCGCCGCGGGCUGCGCGGCCGUAUGGCCCGGGGCCGGCUUCCGCCGCAGCCCGCUGGCCACCAUGCCCGCCCUCGCCGGCCCGGGUCAGCUGCGGCGCCCCGCCCGUCGGCCUUCCCGCGUACGCCCUGCGGAGCCGCGAAGGCGGAUAUGGCCUUGCCCGGCGCGCUGUCCGGGCCAGCCAGUUGCCAAAACAAAGGGGAGUUGGUGAUGGAGGCUUUGUUGGAAGGAAUACAAAAUCGGGGACAUGAAGGGGGAUUUUUGACAUCCUGUGAAGCAGAACUACAAGAGCUCAUGAAACAGAUUGACAUAAUGGUAGCUCAUAAAAAAUCUGAAUGGGAAGGGCAGACACAUGCUCUCGAAACUUGCCUGGACAUCCGUGAACGAGAACUUAAGGCCCUUAGGGGUCAGUUGGAUAUGAAACACAAAGAGGUUGUAAUGUUGCAUCAACAGGUAGAAGAACAUGAAAAAGUCAAACAAGAGAUGGCCAUGGACUAUAAGCAGGAGUUAAAGAAACUACAUGAAGAAUUAGGCAGACUGAAGAGAAGCUAUGAAAAACUACAGAAAAAGCAUGUAAGGGACUUCAGAGGAAAUGCCAAAAAUCACAAGGAAGAUCGCUCUGAAAUUGAGCGGUUAACUGGAAAAAUAGAGGAAUUUCGUCAGAAAUCACUGGACUGGGAGAAGCAACGCUUGAUUUAUCAGCAACAGGUGUCUUCUCUGGAGGCACAGAGGAAGGCUUUGGCUGAACAAUCAGAGAUAAUUCAGGCUCAGCUUGUCAAUCGGAAACAGAAAUUAGAGUCUGUGGAGUUGUCCAGCCAGUCGGAAAUUCAGCACCUGAGCAGUAAGCUGGAGCGGGCCAAUGACACUAUCUGUGCCAAUGAGUUGGAAAUAGAGCGCCUCACCAUGAGGGUCAAUGACUUGGUUGGAACCAAUAUGUCUGUUAUGCAAGAGCAGCGGCAAAAAGAAGAAAAAUUGAGGGAAUCUGAAAAACUAUUAGAGAUUCUCCAGGAAGAAAAGAGAGAAUUGAAAGCAACUCUUCAGUCUCAAGAAAAUUUCAUGCAUGAGGAAAGAAUGCAAAAGGAGAAGCUACAAGCAAAGUUAAAGCCAACUGAUGCUCAACACACAAUAGAGGCCAUAAGGUCACUGGAGGAGUCACAGGCAGGAAGGAGGUAUACCUCACACGAGCAGGGGGACUUAGGCAACAUGCUGUCCCAGCUGGAUUUCACCCACAGUAGUGAAGAACUUCUGCAGGCAGAGGUGACUCGUUUGGAAGGCAGCUUGGAGUCUGUGAGUGCAACAUGUAAACAACUGAGCCAAGAACUAAUGGACAAAUAUGAAGAAUUGAAGAAGAUGGAAGUACAUAACAAUGAGUACAGGGCAGAGAUUAAGAAGUUGAAAGAACAGAUUUUACAGGCUGAACAAAGCUACAGUUCUGCCUUAGAAGGAAUGAAGAUGGAAAUCUCACAGCUAACUCGGGAGUUACACCAGCGAGACAUCACUAUUGCUUCCACCAAAAGCUCGUCCUCUGACAUGGAAAAGCGACUCAAAGCAGAGAUCCAAAAGGCAGAAGAAAAAGCCGUAGAACAUAAGGAGAUUUUGGAUCAGAUGGAGUCACUCAAGUUAGAAAAUCGUCAUCUCUCUGAAAUGGUGAUGAAAUUGGAAUUGGGUUUACACGAGGCAAAAGAGAUUUCACUAGCAGACCUCCAGGAGAAUUAUAUUGAGGCAUUAAAUAAAUUAGUGUCUGAAAAUCAACAACUACAGAAAGAUUUGAUGGAUACUAAAUCUAAGCUGGAAAUUUCUACUCAGAUGUGCAAAAAAAACCAUGACAGGAUCUUUAAACCGAUACACAGCAGAGCACCUGAGUUCAAGAAUACAGAAUUCAAGCCAACCCAUGGCCCCUACAGACAUGAUGGAAUAAAGACUGAGCACUACAAAACAGGUCUCCAUUCUCUGAGACGACAAGCGUUGGAUAGUAUAGAGCCUGUGUCCAGGGUCCUCAGCCCCCUGAGUUCUCAGAUCACCCCUUGCAGUUCCGUCUCUCUGCCUUCUAACUUUCUGUGCAAAACUAACUCUUUGCCUUCAGUGCUAGAUGUAAACGAAGCCAAUUAUUCGGACACUGUCUCUGAGAGUCUAAAUGACCAAGAAGAGUUUAUGUCUUCGUGUCCCUUGCCUUUAUCUCCUCUGGGUUCCAUAGCUACCAGAUUUUUGGAAGAGGAGGAGCUGAGGUCGCAUCAUAUUCUAGAGCGCCUGGAUGCCCAUAUUGAAGAACUCAAAAGAGAGAGUGAAAAGACAGUGAAACAAUUCACGACCCUAAAGUAGCCUCUUGAAAAAAAAAAUCACAAACUUGGAAAGGAAAAUAGACCCUGAAGAGUUACUGUCACCUGGAAGUAGUGGCUCUUCACAACACGAAGAUGCAAAAAAUGCCAAGAUGAGACAUCCUAACACUUGUUGUGAAGGAAUCGGAAAAGCGGAUACUUCUCUAAGGCAUUUUCACUGCACUGGUUUGUUUGAAGAACUUUUUCCAGCAAUAACUUGUAAGAAUAAACCAUUUUGCUAGGCUUUUUUUUUCCUUACAUUAAUAUUUAUUAUAAAGUGAUAUUUUCUCUUGAUGACUUAAAUGUGAAUAGCUAGAGACUAAUUAAAAUAAAGAUUUUAUGAUACAAGUUGAAGAUAAAGUAA